GGCAAGAGAGAAAGUGAUUUGUGUGAAGAAGAGAAAGAGCGGGAAUAAUUUGGGUGAGAAAGUGAUUUGUGCCCUAGGAGAGCAAUUUACUGCGUUUCACAUCGGAGCUCUCUCCAAAACUCUGCUUCCGUGAAGCUCGGAGAGUUGCCAUCGAUCGGAGAACCAUGGCGGCUUCAACUUCACGCGGCGGCGGCGCCGCUGGACGGAUAAGGAACGCAGUUUCCACCUUCUGCUCUGAUACUCAGCCUUUCAUUGGCGAUAUCCGAGGAACUGUGGGUUUGAUGAGGGAAAUUGCAGUUCAAUUGGAGAAAGACAGGCUUUCUGAUAAGGUGAAGGAACUGGAAGAUGCGGUUGUUGAGCUUGUGGGCCUAUCUGAACUCAGUGUGCAUUUUUCAUCUGCAGUUCAAGCUUUUUCUAACAGAUACCAGCCCUCGGAACAGUUCACUGAUUUUCAUAAAUUGUUUGAGGAUGAAGUUUCCCAGUUUAAGGCCAAUCCGACUUCUGAUUUUAGUAAACAUCCUUUAGUAAGGCAAUUUAAGGAAGCUGUAUGGAAAGUUCAUCAUGAAGGACAACCCUUGCCAGGUGAAGAGCAAGAGGAUAUUAUAAUGACCAGCACCCAAUCUAAUAUUUUGAACAUGACUUGUCCAUUGACCGGAAAGCCUCUUACUGAACUUGAAGAACCAGUACGCAGUAAGGAAUGUAGGCAUAUUUAUGAAAAGAAGGCAAUAUUGGAAUAUAUUAGGUCCAAGAAAACUCAAUGCCCCAUAUCAGGUUGCCCAAGGAUGCUGCACGCGGAUAUGGUGGUACAUGAUCCAUCAUUACCAGUGGAGAUUGAUGAACUGCGCAAAAUGAAUAGAGAAACUAAUGUAGAAGAUUUUACUAUGCUUGAUGAUGAUGAGUGAUUGAUAAAACCAACUAGUGAUAGGAUUGUGUAAAUUCUGUUUGUUUUUUUGGACAUCCACUUUGAUGUACUAGGUGUCCGGGAUGUGUUAAUUGAAGUAUUUUAAACUUGCAAGUAUGCAACAGUGAAGUUUCUCUGACUUCUUAUUCCAUAUUUAAUCGCAUGCUCAAUUUGACGGUC